AGGUUGGACUGGUUCAGAUAUAUUAGAAAAUAAUUAAAAAUAUAUUUGCUCAUUACUAAGUCGGAGAUGGAUCCUAUGAAUGUAAAGAUACUUUUUAUCACAAUUGUAUUAACAGCAUAUUUUCAAGAUGGUAGAGCAUCCCUUAACUCUGGAUGUUACAUAGUUGAUGAUGAAAGUUUCCAGAAUUGGUCAACCGAGAUAGACGUUAUAACUUUAAACUCGGGUUCAGAAUGCAGACGAAGGUGUUAUCAAAAAGGAUUCCAAUAUGCUGGAACAUUUAUAAUUGAAUGUGCUUGUGGCAACAGUCGUCCUCAAAAGGAAGUAUUGAAAUCAAAAUGCAAUUAUACAUGUCCUGGAAAUAAUAACGAAUACUGCGGUGGUGGAAACGUUGACGUUGGCAUUGGCUUUUCUGUUUAUGAACCUUCCGAUGUUACACCCUCUCAUUCCGCUGGUUUUAUCGGAUGUUUCGGUUACGAUGAAGCGUUGGAUCAGUGGACAGUGGGGUUUGAAAACAUAACUUUUAAUUCGGGUUCAGAAUGCCGACGACAGUGUUACAAAAGAGGAUUCAUAUAUGCUGGAACAUGGAUCAAAUUGUGUGCUUGUGGCAACACAAGUCUUCAGAAUCAAGUUUCGGAAUCCGAAUGUAAUAACAUAUGUCCUGGAAAUAGGAACGAAUACUGUGGCGGGAAUGAACAAGGGUCUAUAUACAGAACUGCCGACAAAGCAAUAAAAAGAACAGAAUCCGUCUCAAACAAGUGGGUAACACCGGGGGCCGGUAGACCUGUUUACUUUAUCCGGAAUGCAAAGAUGGAUCAUGGCAGCUGCAAUGACUUCUGCAACCUUCUCACACCAAAAUCUCAAGUUGCUGUGUUAGAUAAAGAUGCUGAACUUUGGCUAGAGAAGAACAAACUGAUCGAAGCUUCUGAAAACUACUGGAUUAACAAGACGAGUCAGCUUCAAAAUGAGUGUUACUAUAUAACUGGAGCAAACAAACAGCGAGAAACCCAUUGCCAUGGAUAUCAGCGCUCAUGUAGAGAAGCUACGUUCACGUCACGUGUUCGAACAGCUUCGUCUUGUUCUUUGAAGUACCGAUGCAUCUGUCAACGGCGUGUCUAAAUGACCCGGAAAAAGCUGUGUUUCCGAAGCUUACGAAGUUUACGGAAGUUUUUGGCUUACAUGAAGCAUUCAAAAUAACAUUAUACAUGUAGUUAGUAUUAGUGUGUGUUAUUUCUUCAAGACUAUCUGGAUAGUUUUUCAUCUCUUAUGACAUGCCAAAGAAGCUUAGGCACGAUUUGUUUUAUUGUUUAAAAC